AUGACCCCGUACAAGCUCGUGUAUGGCAAGAAUUUCCAUUUGCCGAUCGAGUUGGAGCAUCGGGCCAUGUGGGCCAUUAAAACCUUAAAUUUCGAGCUCUCUUGUGCGGGUGAGCGGCAUUUACUUGACCUCCCCGACCUUGAAGAGCUCCGAAUGAAUGCCUUUGAUUCGGCAAGUAUCUACAAAGCUCGUUCCAAGCAAUAUCAAGAAGCCCGUAUUGAAAAGAGAGAGUUGAAGGAAGGAGAGAAGAUUCUCCUCUAUAAUUCUCGUUUGAAAUUAUUCUCGGGCAAGCUCAAGUCCCGGUGGAGCGGCCCCUUUGAUGUAGUGAGAGUGUUCCCCUAUGGUGCUAUUGAGAUUCGGGGACAAGAUACCAACAACUUCAAAGUUAAUGGUCAAAGGCUUAAGCAUUAUUAUAUGGGUGACUCUCUUGGCUCGUUUGCCAUCAUGGACCUCAAGGACCCCCCAUGA